AUGGCGCCCGAAAUUCCCAACUCGGAUUACGACUUGGAGAAGACCUUGGAGACAAAGGUUGGCCUCCGGCAGGGCCUCACGUCGUACGGCGACCCUCAUUUCUCUCUGUUCCUGCGCAAGGUGUUCAUAAAAGCACUGGGAUACUCGGAAGAUGCACUAUCGCGGCCAAUUAUAGGCAUCGUCAACACCUAUUCUAGCUUCAACCCCUGCCACGCCAACAUCCCGCAGAUUAUCGAUGCCGUCAAGCGCGGUGUUCAGCUCAAUGGCGGGCUUGCCAUAGAUUUCCCGACUAUCAGUAUACACGAGUCCUUCGCUUCGCCCACAAGCAUGUAUCUCCGAAACCUGAUGAGCAUGGACACCGAGGAGAUGAUCCGUGCUCAGCCUUGCGAUGCCGUCAUUCUGAUUGGAGGUUGCGACAAAACAACCGUGGCUCAGCUGAUGGGCGGCAUCUCUGCAAAUAAGCCAAUUCUGCACAUUGUAACAGGUCCCAUGAUGCCUGGAAGUCACGAGGGCGUGCGCAUCGGGGCCUGUACAGACUGUCGUAACAAUUGGGCUCGUUACCGCGCUGGUACGAUCGACAUUGAGGAUAUAUCUGCGAUCAAUGAGGAGCUCGCACCCACGGCGGGAACCUGCGGCGUCAUGGGCACUGCCAGCACAAUGGCGUGUAUCCUUGUUGCCCUGGGCAUGAUGCCUUUUGCCGGCGCCACUGCUCCAGCAGUGUCAUCGGCUCGACUACGAAUCUCGGAGGAAACCGGUAAGAACGCGGUGGCCGCGUGCGAGUCUAGGGAGAAGCUACAACCCCAGAAUCUUCUCACUAGAGAAUCCUUCCUCAACGCCAUCACCGUCCUCCAAGCCACCGGUGGCUCAACAAACGCCAUCGUCCACCUUAUGGCCAUCAUCGGCCGGCAUCCCAAGGUGUCUGGCACCAUCAGUUUGGACACAGUGGAUGAGAUUGGCCGCAAGACUCCACUACUGGUCGAUCUGAAGCCCAGCGGCAGCAACUACAUGUCCGAUUUUCACAAUUCCGGCGGGAUGCUUGUUCUGCUCCUGGAGAUCAAGAGCUUGCUAUACCUGGAUGCGAUGACGGUUACGGGGCGAACGCUUGGACAGGAGCUGGCCAUCGCGAGUCCCUUCAAGGUUCCCCGGGAGCUUAGCGUUAUUCAACCGUUCUCGGAACCUCUGCACCCUGCCUCGUCAUUAGUCGUCAUGAAGGGCAACCUAGCCCCAGGCGGUGUGGUGAUGAAGGCAAGUGCAUCCAAGUACAAGCAUCUCCUACACCACACCGGGUCGGCUGUCGUGUUCUCCAACUCAACCGACCUUGCCGAGAGAAUAGAUGACCCGAACCUAGAGGUCACCAAGGACAGUGUGCUGGUCUUACAGAACAUUGGCCCUGUCGGGAACCCCGGCAUGCCUGAAAGUGGAAUGAUCCCUAUCCCUAGAAAGCUGGGUUCCCAAGGCGUCCUCGACAUGCUGAGAGUGUCCGAUGGGCGCAUGAGCGGUACUGCCGGAGGCACGAUUGCGCUCCACGUCUCGCCCGAGGCGGCUGAUCCCUCGUCAAUCCUCGGUAUCGUCCAGACCGGCGAUACCAUCACAUGUAACGUCGAGAAGCGCCUGCUCCAGCUUAACAUCAGUGACGUGGAGAUUUCUCGGCGACAAGCUGAGAGGAUGAAAAUCCUGCAGGAGACGAAUGCACCGUGGAUCGAGAGGGAGGAUAUGCGAGGCUACCGGGGACUGUACAUGCGAGAGGUCAAUCAAGCUCAGUCCGGCGCCGACUUUGACUUUUUAACAGCGCGAGGUCCCAGGGCGAAAGGCGCAUCGGCUCAAUAG